UAAAUAUAGAAACACUUGUGAAAGUUUGGGAGAACUUGAAAAAGAAAUGCUGUGUUUCCAUAGCAUUUCCUUUCUCCCAAACCUCCCUUUGUGACUCUAUAACUCAUUUAAGAAACAGAAAAUUUUUCUUUAAUUUUAAUGUUGUGUUAUCCCUGCUAAUAGUAACAGAUGUUACUUAGAUGUGCAAGUCGUGCAUGAACAUUAUUAAUCUGGUCCACUAUUACUUUUACAGUUAUCCUGGUAUUUCAUGGGUUUUUGUUUUCUGUUUUUAAAGUUUUUGGUUUUGGAUUCCCAUUUUCAGACUUGUAAUGGCAUCUCUUCAACCUCAAGAGAUUAAUAAACAGCUGUGUUGUGCUGUUUGCCUGGCACAAUUUAAGGAACCAAAAGUUCUACCAUGUCUGCACACCUACUGUAAAGAGUGUCUUGUGAAACUGGUGAAGAAAAAGGGAGCUGAUCAUGUCAUAACGUGCCCUGAGUGCAGGCAGGAUGUAGGAAUUGUAGAUGGAGAUGUAGGCAAGCUGCAACCAAACUUCUGGGUGAGCAAUUCUAUGACCUUGCUAAGAAUGCAAGACAGCACUUCCACAGGCAAGUCGUUGAUCUGUGAACUGUGUGACAGUGGUGACUCAGGUGUGUCACGUUGCACCAGUUGUAGUGUUUUCAUGUGUGAGUUUUGUGUAACUGCACAUAAAAGGAUCAAUACUUUCAAGGGUCACGAGAUUUUAUCCCUUGAGGAGGUGAAAGCAGUUGGUUCUCAGGCCCUCUCCAAGCCAGCUUUUUGUGAAAAACAUAAUGGUGAGACACUGAAACUGUUUUGCCAAACUUGCCAGAAAACAAUCUGUCGAGAUUGUACCAUUGUUGAUCACCGUGAACAUAAGUAUCAUUUUAUAGCAGAUGUUGCUGUUAAGGAAAGAAAUGCUGUGCAAGCUGUUCUUCAACAAACUAAAGUCAAGCAACGUGCAGUAGCAGAAGGCUUAAGAGCUGUGCAGACGAUGAACAGUUGUGUCCAGAAGAAAGUCACCGAAGUUAACAAACAGGUGGAUUGCUUUUUUGAUGAGCAAGUUAAGGCACUGGAGUAUUACCGUGCAAAUCUAAAGCAUGAAGCAAUAAUGCAAGGCGAAUAAAAAGUCAAACAACUUGAAAGCCAAGCAGAGAUGCUCUCCUUACUUUUGAUACAGAUGGGAAGCAGUAUUGAGUUUGCUGAUCGUGCCAUAGCAGACGGAGAUGAUGUCAAGCUCUUGUCUUUGAAGAAACAACUAAUCCAGCGACUUUCCCAACUUAAUUCAUCACAGAACCAGCUGAAACCCUGCAAGGAUGAUUAUGUCAAGUUACAAGUGCAUCAGGCAAUUUGGGACAUUGGGAAAAUGGCAUCCUUAUGUUACUUCCCCCCUGACCCACAAAAGUGCACUGUUUGCUUCACAGGAGGAGAAGAAGGGGUCAUGUACCAGACCUUCACUGGACAGUCAGUGGAUUUCCAUCUUAUUAUCAAAGAUAAAAUGGGGAGCAAAGUAACAGCAGGUGGCCAUCAAGUCCAGGCUCAAGUCAUUUUCAACAGUGAAGCUGUUGAGGAGAGACAGGAAAAACUUGCAGUACAAGACAACAGUGAUGGGUCGUAUAGCUUUUCUUAUCGUCCCAGAGAUGUAGGUCUUGUAACUCUAACAGUGCUAGUUGAGGGUCAAAGUGUGGGUGGAAGUCCCUUUAAUUGGCAAGUUAAUCCAGAACUCAGUCUAGAGAGAAAAAAGAAGGAAAAAAGGGCAACCAAAACAAAACACCACCAGCUGCAUCACAUUACUCCUGUAACGAAACAAAGUGACCAAACUUUUACAAAGGGGAUGCAUUCUUGGAAACUCCAGCUGGUCUCAUACAGUCCUGGUCAGAAAAGAAAUGGACAAGAAAUAAUUAUUGGUGUCCACAAUUAUUAUUAUGAUUGUUUUGAUGCUUAUGGUGAUGGUUAUUCCUAUCCACCAAAAAGUGCAUUUAAGUGGUGCUGGUGUUUCAAUUCAGCAAACCAAAAUUUUCGUCGAUCAGAUGGUCAACCUUCCUCUAUCACUUCGGUGCAAGACAGAGACAUCUUCACAGUUUUUCUAAAUCUUGAUGCGAGAAAACUCAUUGUCUACAGUGCCCGUAGUAAACAAGCUGAAUUGUUUACUGGGGUUGAAGGGAAACAAUUCAGUCCUUUGAUCUCACCUUCACAAGAAUUUUUGAGGUCAGGCAAUGCGCAUCUAACUCUUAAUGUCCAGUAGACUGUUUAAUAUCAGACAGGAGAGUUAUAUCUGGACAUGAUAGGAAAAUGGGAAGGAGUUAAGGAAGGAAAAAAAUAUGGCUAUAUACUCUCAUAUUGAACACUUAGAAAUGACGGAUACAUGUACAACAGAAAUGCAUACCGUUGCAUAGAGUACUUCCUUUUUAUAAAAUUACAAUGCAGCUACUUGAAUCAGGCCACCUAGAAUAAAAAUAACCAAUCAAAAUGUACACCAAGAACAAUGGACUGGUAGCUUUCCCAUGAUGGCAGGUAAUAAGGGUCUGGUUUAUAUCAAUAUGUAAAUGCUAUUGACUCCUCUGUGUUAUAUACACUCUUAGAAAUUCAGUCCUUGAUGGUGAAAAAUUUAGCUUGAAAACCUCAUUUUGCAACAAGUAGACUGAAACUGUUGAAAAGUGUACAUAAUUUUGGAUUGAAACUAACCAAUCAGCAUAGUAGCAAAGUUUCUUGAGAGGUUCACAACACUUUGAACUUUGUUAGGUUGUUAAUUUUGUUAAGAACCAUUGUUCAUAUUCUUCAAUGUUAUUACAGUGAAACCUGUAUUAAACGAACC